AUGGUACCGAUCAAGCAUCCUGCUUCAAGCAAAGUCGACUUUGGCGCUGAAGUGUACGACAUUGAUCUCAACAGCUUCACCGAUGCCGAUUUUGAUUUGAUUUCUGAUGCAUUGCAUCGCCAUAAGCUUCUGGUGUUCAAAGAGCAGCCGGCGAUGUUGGAACCUCAGCAGCAAUAUCGAUUGACGUCGCGCUUUGAUCCCGACGACACGAGCGGCGGCUUCGCUCAUGGCGUUGACCCCUAUCUGACAACCUAUAAUGGCAUCGAUAUAUAUGGGACUCCAAAUAGACCUGCUAUUCCCGUGCAGCCUCAAGUACAUAUUCUGGGGCGAGGGAAGCUGCCUGAGAACCACUAUGGAUUCCCACCUAACUUCGAGAUGAAGAGUGUGGACCAUGUGAACUUUCACGCUCCGCCCCAUAUCCCGGACGAGGAGAGGGAGAACGGUGCGUCGAGAUUUUAUCAAUGGCACUGGGAUGGAUCGCUAUACAACAUCCCUCCACCUCGAGUGGGCUGCUUGCUAGCCGUGAGGACACCGAAGGGACCGAGUGUCACAGUGCGAUGGGACGAUGGCACGGGCACCGAGAUGGAAGUCGCUCCAGGAGCAACAGCAAUGGUGGCCGGGUCCCGGGCACUCGAGCUUCUCGACGAAGACACCCGUAACGUCGUGAUGAACUCAAAGAUCGAGUAUGCACCUCAUGCUUUCAAGUGGAUGUCGACUGCUCGAUCGACGAGGCUCGGGUAUACCUUGGAAACCGAAGGUCGAGAAGUACUACUCGACCAACUACCUCCUUGGGAAGAAGACAAAGUCUGCGUCUAUCCCAUGGUCUGGACCAACCCCAAAACUGGAGAGAAAUCAUUGCAAGUCCACGGCCAAGGGGCGUUCAAGCUCUACUUGAAGAGUAGCCCAGAUGGAGAAGAGACGAUCGUGGAGGAUCUCGCGGAAGUCAGAGCGUUCAUGCACAAGAUCAUGCGGCCAGUCCUCUCCCCAGAGAAUAUCUAUGCUCAUAAUCAUCAAGAGCAAGAUGUGAUCUUGUGGUAUAAUCGAGCGCUGUGGCAUAGUAUUACCGAAUUUCCGGAAAGCUAUGGGCCAAGGGUCAUGCAUCAGUGUAAUGUUGCUGCUUCGGAUCAUCCUACUGGAUAA